UCCCCCGGUGUCCCCCAAUGUCCCCCGGCGUCCCCGGCGCGCCGCGCCCGGCGCUGUCCGUGGUGCUGAUGGCCCCGACGGGGCGGGAGCGGCGCCCGGGACCUGCCGGGGGGCGGCCGCAUGAUCCGCAUCCCACAUGACAUCCCAGAAAGGAGCUGGGCAGCGGCCACCCCUGCGAAACGUCAUUUUUUUUCCUCCGGUGAAGAAGAGGGGUGGAUUACCCCGUCCCUCCGCUCAGGCGGCUUUGCAAACAGCCGGGCAGGGGCAGCUGCAGAUCCGAGGUACCUUGUGGUUCCCAGCAUGACCGGCACCUUCCCAAACGUGCCUUCACUUGGGAUAACCAGCAGAGCAAGGAGGAGACCAGCGCCUCUGGAAUUAUGCUGUGGAGCAGUGAGGAGACCAGCACCACACAAGAACCACCUCUGCUGAAUGUGGGCAGCUCUUCCCACCCCCCUGUUGCUUCCUCUGCCAGCAAAGCUCCAACACAAGGCACCUGGAUGAACCUCCUGGAAUUCUCCUCCCUCUGGACACCCACUGGUUGCUCUCCAUUAGGAUCUCACAUCAUUCUCUGCCCAGGGCUUCUCAAUUCUUGUCUUCUUCAAGGCGUCCUUGCAGACACAGGAGUCCAAAUGCCCUGCCAACAUCUGGUGACAGAAGGAUUUCUCCAGGAGAGCAGAUCCAUCCAAAGGAGGGUGGGGAAAGACAAGCAGCAGCCCUCUGAGGAAUCAGGAAUCAUCUGCCAGGCAAAGCCACUAAGAAAAUAAAGAGGGAAGGCAACCAAGGAUGAGGGGGAAGGCAAGGCUGGGCUGGGCAUCAGCCACAGCCCUCCAGCAGAGGAGGGGACAAGGGGCAAGGUAUGACCUGCUGACAGUGCCCCUUCACAUGACACAAAAGUCACACCUGAGCAAAAGACGUGGCCGAGUUUCUCGCAGCAUGGAUAACAGCAGUGGUCCUGUUCUUCUCCUCACCUUGCUCCUGCUGCAGAACACGAGCAGCCCCAAAGCCUCCACCCUCCCUGCUGGCUAUGGGAUGGCAGAACCUGCAGCCCCAGGAGCCGGCUCCAGCAGGAACCACUCUCUGGUGGAGUACGGGCUGAGGCCAGGGGAAAUCGCAGCUGCCAGCGUGGUUUGGGGAGCGCUGUGGCUGAUCUCAGUCUUGGGAAACUUCCUCGUUUGCUUAGUGAUCCACAGGAGCAGGAGGACUCAAUCCACCACCAACUACUUUGUGGUGUCCCUGGCGUGUGCAGACCUGGUGAGCAGCGUGGGGAGCGCGCCCCUGCUGCUGCUGCAGCUGAGCUCCGGGCGGUGGCUGCUGGGCAGCGGCGUGUGCCGGCUGGGCAGGUACCUGCAGUACCUCACGCCCGGGGUGCAGACCUACGUGCUCCUCGCCAUCAGCGUGGAUCGGUUCUACACCAUUGUCUACCCCCUGAGCUUCAAAGUGUCCAGGGGGAAAGCCAAAAAAAUGAUUUUGGCCUCUUGGCUCUGUGGUGCUCUGUUUGCAUCACCGGCCUGUUUUCUCUACGGCUCCAACAGCGACCACCACUGCAACUUUUUCCUCCCCAGUUCUUGGCAAGGAUCUGCCUACGGUAUCAUCCACCUCCUCUUGGUGUUUUUAAUCCCAUCCCUCCUCAUUAUCCUUUUUUACCAUAAAGUCAUUAAGUACAUUUGGAGAAUAGGCACGGAUGGAAUGACUGUCAGGAGAACAACAAACAUCGUUCCAAGAACAAAAGUGAAAACCAUCAAGAUGUUCUUAAUGUUAAAUUUGAUGUUUCUUCUGUCCUGGCUCCCUUUCUUCGUGGUACAGUUGUGGCACCCACAGGAAAUAGACUACAGAAAGAGCUCCUUGUUUUUCCUGGCCAUCACUUGGAUUUCUUUCAGUUCCUCAGCCUCUAAGCCAACCCUCUACUCCAUCUAUAAUGCAAACUUCAGAAGAGGGAUGAAAGAAACUUUUUGCAUGUCUGCCAUGAAAUGCUACAGAAGCAAUGCAUACACCAUCACCACCAGUUCCAGGAUAGCAAAAAAAAAUCAUGUUGGUAUUGCAGAUAUUCCAGCUACAGCCAAAAGUGUCACCAAAGACUCCACCUAUGACGCUUUUAACAGAGAAGCCAAGGAAAGAAAGCUUGCCUGGCCUAUUCCAUCCAAUCCCCCAAAUACAUUUGUCUAGUGAGCGUCAUUGUUUUCAAAAGAUACUGUGUACCCCCAGAAGGAGUUUUCUCUCCUUUUGAACCUAUGUAUAGCUACAUAUUUUUAACCCAGCCUUUGACAAACGGGAGGAAAGAGAUGUUUUAUUUUAUUAAAUGCCUUGGG